CUCCACGGCGUUUUCCCUCGGAUCCACCAAACCCCUGCGAAAAGGCUUUGAAGGUUGAACGAGGCAAAACACAACUGGAGCAGUCGGCGGCGACCUGGCGCAACAAGCCUGGAAAGAAGCGACCGACGCGACCCACUCCAAGGCGGUCUGCAUCGCGGCUCACCCUUCCCUGAACUGACCCCCGCCAAGGUCCUCCUCCUCCUCCUCCGUGGGUGUAGGAGACGGGGGAAUUACCACCGCACACGCACACGGACACUGACUAGCAAACCCAUUUGAAAAAGUUAGCGUUUACUCGGCGAUGAGACAAAAUGCGGCGCGGUUGUUUCGCGGCUCCACGUCAAGGUCAGAAUCUGAGUGACGACGACGCCGCUUCGCGAGCGACUUUGUCCGGAAGGGGACGGAGAGGAGGCGCGGAGGGGGAUGCCGCUGCGUUUCGUUUGUCUCCAGCAUCAACGAUGACACCUUUCCCCGGAGAGGACGUCCGCGCUUGCUGCUAAGUCACGCGGACUAAACUUGUUUAAAAGCCCGAAGAAAAACUGGAGACUCGUUCUGACUUUUGAAAUUGUCGUUCGUGUAUUGUUUUACGAACCUCCUUCUGUUAUCGUGACGUUUCCUGUUUCCACCCUUCCACGGCCCUCGGCUGCUCACCUGGCGAGCCAAGACUCUCAACACCGGCUAGCUAAGCGAAUAAACCUCUCCUGGUUCCACGCCUUUAGACUCGGUAGGUUCAUGUGGCGAAGUUCGAACCAACAAACGGUCCAACUUGCUUGAACUUUAAACGAGCCACCCAACCCACAAAAAAAAAAAAAAAUGUCCCCGCGAAAAGGCUCGCGUCACCCGGGCGGCUUCGGGAGCAGCUUGCCGGAGCGAGGGCUCCUCGUGCUGCUGCUGCUGGUGCUCCUGCAGGGUUCCGUGCUGCCCCUCGGAGCCGCCAGCUCACCGGACGUGGGCCACCGAGACGAGUCGGACGUCCACGCCGUGGCGGAGGAGAAGCACAACUUCACCAAGAAACCCUUCCCGGUCCUCAGCUUCCAGUACAAACACAUCCAGACUCCCUUCGAGAUCUCCUUAUGGGUCCUGCUGGCUUCGCUGAUGAAAUUAGGUUUUCACCUCAUUCCUCGCCUCCCUGGGAUCGUGCCCGAAAGCUGCCUGCUUAUCCUGGUGGGCCUGUUGGUGGGCGGACUUAUCAAACUGGCCGGCCAACAGGUGCCGCCAGUGCUGGACUCCAACUUGUUCUUCUUCUGCCUGCUGCCGCCCAUCAUCCUGGAUGCCGGCUACUUCCUGCCCAUCCGCCCCUUCAUGGAGAACCUGGGCACCAUCUUGAUGUUUGCUGUGGUAGGCACGCUAUGGAACGCCUUCUUUAUCGGCGGUCUGCUGUAUGCCGUGUGCCAGAUCCAGCCCAACAAUCCAUCCGACCUGCACUCGCUGGAGCUGCUGCCCUGUCUGCUGUUCGGCUCCAUCAUCUCGGCCGUGGACCCCGUGGCUGUGCUGGCCGUCUUUGAGGAGAUACACAUCAACGAGCUGCUGCACAUCCUGGUGUUUGGUGAAUCACUGCUCAACGAUGCUGUCACUGUGGUGCUGUACCACCUUUUCGAGGAGUACUCUGGCGUGGGCACAGUGACGGUGCUCGACGGGGUGCUGGGCGUCAUCUCUUUCUUCGUGGUGGCGCUGGGUGGCAUACUGGUGGGCGCCAUAUAUGGCAUCCUGGCGGCAUUCACCUCACGCUUCACCUCGCACACGCGUGUCAUCGAGCCGCUCUUUGUCUUCGUGUACAGCUAUAUGGCUUACCUGUCGGCCGAGAUGUUCCACCUGUCGGGCAUCAUGGCGUUGAUUGCGUGUGGGGCGGUGAUGCGGCCAUAUGUGGAGGCCAACAUCUCCCACAAGUCGCACACAACCAUCAAGUACUUCCUGAAGAUGUGGAGCAGCGUGAGCGAGACACUCAUCUUCAUCUUCCUUGGCGUGGCCACCGUGGAUGGCCAGCACAACUGGAACUGGACCUUCGUCACCGUCACUGUCGUCCUGUGCCUGGUAGCGCGGGUCAUAGGUGUGGUGGGGCUGACGUUCAUCAUUAACAAGUUCCGCAUCGUCAAGCUGACCACCAAAGACCAGUUCAUCGUGGCCUACGGAGGCCUGCGCGGGGCCAUCGCCUUCUCCCUGGGCUUCCUGCUGGAAGAGAAACACUUCCCUUUGAGGAACAUGUUCCUCACCGCCAUCAUCAUCGUCAUCUUCUUCACCGUCUUCGUGCAGGGCAUGACCAUCAAGCCUCUGGUGGACCUGCUGGCAGUGAAGAAGAAACAGGAGGCCAAGCGCUCCAUCAAUGAGGAGAUCCACACUCAGUUCCUUGACCACCUCCUGACUGGCAUUGAGGACAUCUGUGGACAUUAUGGACAUCAUCACUGGAAGGACAAGCUAAACCGCUUCAACAAGAAGUACGUGAAGAAGUGCCUGAUCGCCGGCGAGCGCUCCAAGGAGCCUCAGCUCAUCGCCUUCUACCACAAGUUAGAGAUGAAGCACGCCAUCGAGCUGGUGGAGAGUGGAGGCGGCGUCAAACUGCCCUCUGCCAUACCCUCCACCGUCUCCAUGCAAAACAUCCAGCCCAAGAAGCCGCCACCUGCCAAGCCCAAGGAGCGUGCUUUGCCUCAGCUAUCCAAAAGCCGGGAGGAGGAGAUCCGCAAGAUCCUCCGGGGCAACCUCCAGAAGACGAGGCAAAGGCUGCGCUCCUACAACCGGCACACCCUGUUGGUUGAUCCGUACGAAGACAACUUGAGUGAAUUCCUCCUCAAGAAGCAGAAGAUGAUUACACUGGAUAAGAAGAUCCAAAACAUGAAUAACUACCUGACGGUGCCCGCCGCUCCCCCCGACUCGCCGACCCUGCGCAGAGCCAGACUGGCCUCAGGCAGAGAAAAUGAUUUCAAACCCGCUCGGCAGCAGAAAGCGGACACCGUCGGUCCAGACCCUCAAGCCUACAGCAUGAAGCCAGCGUUGGACAGCGUUCCCACCAUCCAGGUGGACCUGGCCUCCCCCCAGUCACCUGACUCGGUCAACAUCUUGGACGAGUUCCAGCAAGCUGGCCAGGCGGCGGCAGAAGUGGAGGUGGGUGAGGAGGAUGGCGGUCUGAUGAUGAAGCCGCCCGCCGGCCCCAACGAGCACCACAAGGCGGGUGAGAUUGACCCCAGCACCAGAGAGAAGCUGGUUAGGUACCUGAGUGACCCCGGGCCCCACGCAGAGGAUGAAGACGAACCCUUCCUGCCUUAAAAAAGUUGUCAUAUGGAGGAAGGUGCGUGCUUCAAUGCUCAAGACGAAUAGCCAAAAACUGUGAGCUGAAAAAAAAACCAAAAGAGCCAUUAGUCCUUUUGUCGUCAUCACUCUUUACUUUUAAGAGACACAGUCACGGUUACUAGACAUUCAGGAAUGAACUAUGCAUUACCAAAGGGACUGUUUGUAGUUCUUUUAGAUAAUUACUUUUUGUGUAUAAUAUCAAUGGGCGAGAUUCUCAGCUGGUCCCAAAUCGAACGUAAUCGCACUCAUUCUGUCGCUUGAAAUCACACAGGACCUCUUGCCACAUAUUUUUGCCUUAUUUUGUGUCACUCGGUGCAUUAUUAUUUUUUUUCAGCACUGGCUUUUAAUUUCAGGGAUCGCCAAAGUAUUUCAGAUGGUAUUAAGGAGUAUUAUGGUCACACAUGAAGGAAAGUAAUAUAUACGACGAGAAUAAAGGAGCAAUCUUGAAAAUUAUA